CCGGGCCUCUGCGCCUCGCUGCGCGCCUGGCGGGGCCGAGGGGGCGGGGCCCGGCAGCUGCUGCGCCUGCGUCGUGGCUGCGUUCUCGGGGAGCAGCUGCCGUCGCCGCCGCGACCGCCGCGUUCGGGUGUCGAAUUUGGAAUCCCGGCGUCUUCGUCAACAAUGAAGCAGAGUUCCAACGUGCCGGCUUUUCUCAGCAAGCUGUGGACGCUGGUGGAAGAGACGCACACGAACGAGUUCAUCACCUGGAGCCAGAAUGGACAAAGUUUUCUGGUUUUGGAUGAACAAAGAUUUGCAAAAGAAAUCCUUCCCAAGUAUUUCAAACACAAUAACAUGGCAAGUUUUGUGAGACAACUGAAUAUGUAUGGUUUCCGUAAAGUAGUACAUAUUGAUUCUGGAAUUGUGAAGCAGGAACGAGAUGGACCUGUUGAAUUCCAGCAUCCUUAUUUCAAACAAGGCCAGGAUGACUUGUUGGAGAACAUUAAAAGGAAGGUUUCAUCCUCAAAACCAGAAGAAAAUAAAAUUCGUCAGGAAGAUUUAACAAAAAUUAUAAGUAGUGCUCAGAAGGUUCAAAUAAAACAAGAAACUAUUGAGUCUAGGCUUUCUGAAUUAAAAAGUGAGAAUGAGUCUCUUUGGAAAGAGGUAUCAGAAUUACGAGCAAAACACGCACAACAGCAACAAGUUAUUCGAAAGAUUGUUCAGUUUAUUGUUACUUUGGUUCAGAAUAAUCAACUUGUGAGUCUAAAACGUAAAAGACCUUUGCUUCUAAACACUAAUGGAGCACAAAAGAAGAAUCUGUUUCAGCACAUAGUAAAAGAACCAGCUGACAAUCACCACCACAAAGUUCCACACAGUCGAACUGAAGGCUUAAAACCAAGGGAACGUAUUUCAGACGACAUCAUUAUUUAUGAUGUAACUGAUGAUAAUGCAGAUGAGGAUAAUAUUUCAGUUAUUCCAGAAUCUCAUGAGGAUGUUAUCUCUGAUCCCUCCAACCCGUAUCCUGAUAUUGUCAUUGUUGAAGAUGACAAUGAAGAUGAGUAUGCACCUGUCAUUCAGAGUGGAGAGCAAAAUGAAGCUGCCAGAGAAUCCCUAAAUUCAAGCAGUGAUGGAACCAACCCUCUCAUGUCUAGUGCUGUACAGCUCAAUGGCACAUCUGGUUUGACCACAGAUGACCCUGUUACUAUGAUGGAUUCUAUUUUAAAUGAUAACAUCAAUCUUUUGGGAAAGGUUGAACUAUUGGAUUACCUUGACAGUAUUGAUUGCAGUUUAGAGGAUUUCCAGGCCAUGCUGUCAGGAAGACAGUUUAGCAUAGACCCAGAUCUUCUGGUUGAUCUUUUCACUAGUUCUGUGCAGAUGAAUCCCACAGAUUACAUCAAUAAUACAAAAUGUGAAAAUAAAGGAUUAGAAACUGCUAAGAACAAUGUAGUACAGCCAGUUUCAGAAGAGGGAAGAAAAUCUAAAUCCAAAACGGACAAACAGCUUAUCCAGUAUACUGCCUUUCCACUUCUCGCGUUCUUGGAUGGGAACCCUAACCCUGCCACCACUGUUGAACAGGGGAAUACAGCAUCAUCAGAAGUUAUGUCCUCUGUAGAUAAACCCAUAGAAGUUGAUGAGCUUCUGGAUGGCAGCCUGGAUCCAGAACCCACCCAAAGUAAGCUUGUUCGUCUGGAGCCAUUGACUGAAGCAGAAGCUAGUGAAGCCACACUGUUUUAUUUAUGUGAACUUGCCCCUGCACAGCUGGAUAGUGAUAUGCCACUUUUAGAUAGCUAGAUCCUCAGGAAGUGGACUUUAAAUGUAUAUAUUCAUCAAAAUGAUGAACUAUUUAUUUUGAAGUAUCAUUUGGUACUUUUUUUUUUUUUGGUAAAUUGCUUUGUUUUAUUUAACCAGAUACUGUGGAAUUGAAAGCACCUUUUGCUUUUUUCACUAACCACAUACUAUUGAAAAGCUCUCAGAUGUUAUUCAGCUGCAUAGGUAUACAGGAUUUAAUGCACACUAUUGGCAUAUCUUUGAGUUGAAUUCAAAUGACCAUUUUUCCCUAGUUGUACUAAAUUUGGAUUUUUUACAUAUAUGCCUAUUAACCCCAGUUAAACUUCUGUUUUACUUGUUUAAUGCUGUUUGCAUUGGGUGUUAAGUUACUAGACCUAAUGGUAGAACUCCUAAAGCUUUUUCUGUUCCAUUUACUUUCAAUUAGAUUUUUCACUUGGCUUACUUUUAAAACUGGGAACAUAAAGUGCCUGUAACUUGUAAAACUUCAUUUGUCUUGGGUCAGAAAAGUUAAUUCAUGUUCAGAAGGAAAGGCAAAGUAUACAUGAGUGCUUGCUGUCUGCUAGGUUCCAGGUCUGUAAACAUGGAAAAGAGUUGGUAAGUGGCAUCAUCAUAUCCACCUUGUUGGACUAGUUUUAAGUGUUAGUUUUCUGGUUUGUUUCUUUGUUUGUAUGUUUGAACCAUACUAUUUAGUAAAAUAAAUAUAAUGAUUGUUGCGUA